AUUUUAAUAUUUGAAUCGCUGGUUCUCCCGAUACAGUAAGACUGUUGCUAAUAAUACCUUUAAAUGGUCAUUUGUUUGUUACUUUAUUCAUUAAACCAUCAGUUUAAACAGAAAUGGUUAAAAUGUAUUACCGAUCAUCUGAUGCCAAUUGUCCUGCCUUUCGCCUCAUCUUGUGCUCUCCGCCAUCAUAACAAACGAUGAAAAAGCAGAAGGUAAUCAAAUGUUGUUAAAAUUUAUGUCACCAAUAUCAAUGAAGCAAAUGAUUUACUCCAAUAAUCAAUAUCAAACGCAAGUUUGUACGCCAUCUUUGGCAACAUCUAAGGGUGCUGUUAACAGAGGAAUGCCUGGACCUGGAACUUGUGUUGGUCAAUGGCUUAUUGAAACUCGUCGGCGAACUGAAAUGGAAAGUUUAAGUGCUCUUCAAGCUAAAUCUGUUGCAUUUGAGCAAGACUCAGCUCGUGCUUUAGGUGUUAGAUGUGCUCAAAUAUCUGUGCGAAAAGUUAGAUUUGCUUCGGUUCAGAUUAUCGAUGAUAUUGAUAUUCUCAUUGAUACUUUACCAGUUACUUGUCAACGACUUCGUGAUUGUCAACAUGAUUUUGGUAUAAUCUAUGGAAACAUUGUUAAUCUCAUUGAUAUUUGUGCUCGUAAAAGACCAGAAUCGGAGUUGAAAAUUUUAUUCAAAAUUGGUGAUGAAGUCAGAUCCAUUUGUGGUACAUUGAAUUUAUUCAUGACUGAUUUCAUGAAGAAAAAUAAAGUCAACAAUGCUCAGCUUGAAGCUUAUUUGCGAAAGCUCAAAGAACGCCUUGGUGAAUUGGUUGACUCUACAAUCCGAUGGGAAUGCCAGAUUAUAACUUCUGGUCUAAAUCGCCACAUUGAAAGCUUAACAUUGAAAUGGUCAUUAUUUGCUUUGUGGCAAUUAACAAAGAAUGAUGCUUAUAUUUGUCGUAUCUUUGUCCAAGAUAACUGUAUAAUUAACCGGCUAAUUAAGAUCAUUGCCUCCAAUAUUGUUGGAAAGCCUUUCAUUGGACAAGAUCAAAUUCGUGCCGCUGCUUUCCGAACCCUAACCCAUCUUUGUAUCAAUCCAGAGGCAAUCAGGACAAUCUAUGAUCGCUUGGAUAUGGACAAGCAUAUUAUAAUCCCAUUGCAAAGGGAAAUGUCCGAGAUUGUUAUUCGUGAAAUAACCGGUUUUCUAGUCCAAAUUACUACCCCGUUUAUUGAUUACAAAAGGUCAACCCAUAAGGAUAGCUAUUUGGCUUCAUUCAUUAAUGGUACACCUUUGGAUGAGUUAAUUUCUAGUUUAAUCAAAGUGGCCACUGAAACAGAUUCACAUGAAAUAUUUCUUCUCAUAACUGCUUCAAUUGCCAACAUUUCAUUUUACGAACCCGAACUAAUCAUACGCAGUCGAACCCUUUCAAUAUUGAUGGCAACAACUCGUUCAAAGACAAGAUUAUCAGCUGAUACAGCAAUCAAAGAUCAAAUUAUAACAAUAAUGGCUAAUGUUUCAUCCAUCGAUUCAAAUGAGAUUGUUAAAUGUGGUGCUCUCAUCUAUUUAAUUACUGCACUUCAAAUGAAACCAAUCAAUGUCCAAGGAGAUGAAGUUGAACUUGCUGCUAUCGAAAGGAUACAACAAAAAGUCUCCACUGCAUUAACUCGAUUAGCAUCGAAUCAAAAUGUUGCUGGAUUAAUUUAUGAAUUAAAAGGUUGCCAUAGAUUGGUACAGAUCUGUAAAGAGCCUAGAGAAAGAAACUUCAGUGAAACUGUUCUCAUUGCUUCUUUGAUUGCAUUAAGAAGGCUUUGUUCAAUGCUCAAGCCUGAGAAAAUUAAAGAACUAAAUGCAGUAGAUUUGAUUACUGUUAACCUUGAUCAAGCAUUUCUCCAAUGUUCACAAGUCUCCGAGAGUUAUGUUUAAGCCAGUCAAUAUUUCUCUAAUCCAACCACAUAUGCCUUUAAUCCAAAUUGUAUUAUUUUAUUCUUAUUUUAUUUACAUGCAUAUGAUUGUAAAUUUUUUAUUUUUAUCCUUGUAAUUUAUUCCAAGUCAAUAAUCUCGCAAAAAGUUAAUUUAAUCACUGAAUAAACUUAUUUUUGUUCU